CAGACAAUGAAUGAGAAGAACCAGACGUUGGUCAGUGAGAUUGUUCUCUUGGGAUUUCAGAAUCUCCACAACUUCAAGAUUCCCCUGUUCUCUCUGUUCCUUCUGAUUUACAUUAUGACAGUUUGGGAGAACGUCCUCAUCAUUGUGUUGGUGUCCUCCAGCCGGAACCUCCAGUCCCCCAUGUACUUCUUUCUCCAGCAGUUGUCUGUAUGUGACUUCCUAGAGUCAACAAUUAUUGUACCUAUCCUGCUCAAAACUAUAAUUUAUGAUAAAGUUAUAUUGUCCUCUGUCGGUUGUAUGAUCCAAUUUUUUUUCUUUUCUGCCUCAGAAUCCUUUGAGUGUUUCCUUCUAGCAGUAAUGUCCUAUGACAGAUAUGUGGCCAUCUCUAGCCCACUGCGUUACUCUUCUAUAAUGUCCCACAGGGUUUGUGUUACAUUAAUAGUCCUCAUUUGGCUUUCUUCCUUCAGUGUUACACUUAUUUAUCACAAUAUAAUAUGGACACUAGACUUCUGUGACCAAAAUACCAUGAAUCAUUUCUUCUGUGAUUUAUUUCCCCUACUAGAACUUUCCUGCUCAGAAACUUUUUUUGUGCAAAUAGAAGUUGUCAUACUGUCUGUCCCUGUUGUUAUAAUUCCUUUUAUACUCAUCAUUAUAUCCUAUACUUGUAUUGCCCAUGAAAUCCUAAAGAUAGUGUCCAAUACCGGGAGACAAAAAGCAUUCUCCACCUGCAGCUCCCACUUGGCUGUGGUCUCCAUAUUUUAUGGGACUAUAAUCGCUAUUUAUUUGGUUCCCCCCAGAAAAGAAUCACAGGCCAUAAGCAAAGUUCUAUCACUUUUAUACACCACAGUGAUUCCCAUGGUUAACCCGGUUAUAUACAGCCUAAGAAAUAAAGACAUGAAUGAUGCCCUUAAGAACCUAAAGGUUUUCCAGCUUCCUCUUCCUUAUGGUGACUCCCAGGCUGCUUUGCAACUUCCUGCAGCCCUGAGCUUAUUCUCAUCCAGUACAUGUAGGCUCCACAAGAAGACACAGGCUCAGAGCCUGCUCCACUACAGGGAACUGCUGCAGGAGGAUGGUUCAGUAUUUGAGAGUUCAGGAUGGAGGAUUCAGAGGAUGGAGGAUUCAGAGGAUGGAGACUCUAUUUAUCAACAUCUGAAACAUGUGUCCCAUGUAGUGUAA